GAAACUUUCCCUCUUCUCUGGAGCGAGAGAGAGCUUCGCUCUGCUAUAGAAACAGAGGAGCACUAGUUAGCUUACUCGUUUUCUCUAAGAUUUGUUAAAAAAUUUCUCGGAAAGCUUCAGCGACUGUGGGGAGAAAACAAAGAUUUGUUGAACUUUCUCGGAAAGCUUUUAGCAACAGGGGAGAAACAGAGAACAAGGACCUAAAAUGGAGAAAGACGAGUCAUUUGUGUACAACGAGGUGGUGGAGGAGGAGCAGAGUCCCCAAAGCAACCAGACGUGGCCGAUGGAUAUGAUCCGGCAGAGACGUUUCCAACACAAAAUGUCGUCUCUUUUGAGUCCGGCGACUCCUAAGAGGAACUACAGCGUUAGCAAUGCCAAGUCACUCCUCAAGAAGUACUCAAAGUCUGAUCCAAUCCCUCGUCGUAAGCGCUUUCCGGUUUCAUGCUCCGAUGAGGGAGUCUUGAUGGAUGGUGUUCUGGUCACAUCAGCCUCUGAGAAGAAAGCUUCAGAUUCACCUUCUAGAUUGAGCUCUCUUGGACGAUCUCCACGUUCUUCACUUGUCCGGAGUCAACAUAAGAAUAGCAGCAGCCCUAGGAGCCUAUCUGGAGGAAACCAGGAGGAUACCACUCGGUCUAAGACUUCUUCAGGUGGGAAAGUGAAGAUGUUGGCAGAUAGUCCUUGCACAAAACUAGAGACACCAAAGGCUGCUAAUCCUUCAACUCUGAAAGCUACUGCCGAACCAUUCACCUUCACACCGAGACCUUCACAAGGACUAGCUUCUCCCCUCCCAGUCCGGCAACUUCCAUUUGACCAUGGUCCACGUAUUCAAUGGGUUAAUCCGCCUCCUCACCAUCAGCUGCGUCCGAGAUAUGGUCAUUUAUACCUGCCUCCAAGCUACACUUACCCGAGAUCUCUACAAGUUCCUGACCUCUAUCCCACACAUUACCCAUUCAGGUCUCCAAGACCCAUUGGCUACCAAAUGGGUCAGGACCCCAGAAUCAUCUCACUACUUCCCACAACACCUCUCUCUACAAACACCAGCAAGCCACCUGUUCACACUCCCAUAUCUACUACCUCUACAGCCAAUCUCAGCACCGGUACUACAACACAUGACUCAAGACUAGACUCUUCGCUUUCUGCUGAUGGAGGACCUGAAACAGUGAUCCAAACUCAAGACUCUUCGUCACCUUCUGAUGAGCUUGAAACGAUGACACAGAAACAAGGCUUGUUGUCACCUUCGGAUGAGCUUGUCACGAUGGCUGCUGCUGAGCUCAAAACAUCAACUCAGAAACCAGGCUUUUCACCUUCUGCUGGACUUGGACUUGAAACUAUGAUGACAGAGAAAGACUGGUCACCUUCUGACGAUGGACUCCCAACACCCACAGAAGAAGCUCAAACUGACUUUAUGAAACCACAGGACAGAGUUCUCCCAGAUGACGCUUUCCAGCAUUACAUAUAUCGAAAGAGACUGCCAGUAUUCACUCAGAUUUGCUCUGAUGACGCAGAAGGGUGUGAUGAUGCCAGCCAUUAGGCCCAUACUGUCUUGCAAACUCUGUGAACAAGGUUUCCGCUUCCUCAACCUAAACCGCAGGUAACACUCUGUUCAUAUGAACUCCUUUCCCAUCCAUUAAACUUUUCAGAUUCUCAUAAAAGAACUAAAUAUCAUUUUGGUUACAAAUUCAAAGAAAGAUAGAUAAUACAAGUCCAUAGAAUAUAUACAGAUAUAUGCACUCUUUUCUAAUCAAAUGCAUCUUCUAAUGUUUUAUCCCAUUGAUGAA